GGUUUUCCUGUUGUCUGGGUCCCGUGGGCUCCGGCAGGAACCGGGCUGGGCAGCCAGAGGCUGGAGCCCGGAGCUGGCGUCUCAUGGGCCACAGGCUCCUACUAAUUGUAAUGAUCCCUGACGUUGAUCGGGCACCUGCGAACCAUCUACCCAUUUCGCCGCUAGGAAACGGAGGCUCCGAGAGUCGGCACAGGCGAGGCCUCGCUCACGUCCCGCUCGGAGCCCAAAUGUUCUCUCCCUGGAAGAGGCCCGUUUUCCUGUCUGUCCAUGACGACCCGGUGCCCACCACGGCCUUCUUCAGCGCUGACAUGCUCAACAUCACCUCGCAAGCCGUGCUGCCGGCCAACGGGACCCCCGCGCAGGGCGGCGGCUGCGUGCACGAGGAGCUGUGGGGCUGGCUCAACAGCAUCCAGGCGCCCUUCCUCUGGGUCCUGUUCGUGCUGGCGCUGCUCGAGAACGUCUUCGUGCUCGGCGUCUUCGGCCUGCACCAGAGCCGCUGCACCGUGGCCGAGAUCUACCUGAGCAACCUGGCCGCGGCCGACCUGAUCCUGGCCUGCGGGCUGCCCUUCUGGGCCGUCACCAUCGCCAACAACUUCGACUGGCUCUUCGGGGAGGCGCUGUGCCGCGUGGUGAACACCCUGGCCUACAUGAACCUGUACAGCAGCAUCUGCUUCCUCAUGCUGGUGAGCAUCGACCGCUACCUGGCCCUGGUGAAGACCAUGUCCGCGGGCCGGCUGCGCGGCGUGCGCUGCGCCAAGCUCUACAGCCUGGUGAUCUGGGGGUGCGCGCUGCUCCUCAGCUCCCCCAUGCUGGCCUUCCGCACCAUGAAGGACUACCGGGACGAGGGCUACAACGUCACGGCCUGCGUCAUCACCUACCCGUCGCGCACCUGGGAGGUGUUCACCAACCUGCUCCUGAACCUGGUGGGCUUCCUCCUGCCGCUGGGCGUCAUCGGCUUCUGCACCGCGCGGAUCAUGCGGGUGCUCCGCCACAACGAGAUGCAGAAGUUCAAGGAGAUCCAGACGGAGCGGCGGGCCACGGUGCUGGUGCUGGCCGUGCUGCUGCUGUUCGUGGUCUGCUGGCUGCCCUUCCAGGUCAGCACCUUCCUGGACACGCUGCUGCGCCUGGGCGUCCUCUCCGGCUGCCGGGACGAGCACGUGGUGGACGUCUUCACGCAGAUCUCCUCCUACGUGGCCUACAGCAACAGCUGCCUCAACCCGCUGGUGUACGCCAUCGUGGGCAAGCGCUUCCGCAAGAAGUGCCGGGAGGUGUACCAGCGCCUGUGCCGGCGCGGCGGCUGCGCGGCCCAGCCCAGCCCGACCGAGAGCUCCAUGGGCACGCUGCGCACCUCCAUCUCCGUGGAGCGGCAGAUCCACAAGCUGCCACGCUGGGUGGGGAGCAGCCAGUGAGC